AUGCCUUCCUCUCGCGAAGAGGAGCCUCGUCGGCGCAAAAAGUCUUACGAUCGACCGUCCUCCAGGGACAAGGAUACCAAGGAACGACACAAAUCAUCGGCCAGAAAGACAACUGCUCGUCGACGCAGCAACGCAAGCAGAGAGUACAGUCCCUCACGACCCGAUAAAUCUACCCUGUCAGAACGCUCGCCAAGAAAAGUCUCCAUGUCGAUACCAGAAAUGGAGCGCCGGUCGUCCAUCGGCGAGAAGCGGCCGCAGUCAUAUCCAAACUUCUCAAAGGCACACAGCAGAGAAGCCGUCACUCCAGGCUCAGAAAGCACUACCGAUACUCAUGAGCCAACACCUCGUACACCGGCAGACAUGGCCGACAGUCCCUCACGUGCCCAACCGAGUACUCCUGUGACUGGCGACGAUGCGGAUCUUCGACGAGCAAAGAGCGGGAUCAACAUGAGGAGUCACACAGACAGAGUCAAGUCCGAAGCCGGCCUCGAUUCUAGAAGAAGUAUGGAAUCCGGCUUGCGUGUGAAUAUGACAGGUUCUGCAGCGAGCAGCCGCCGUCCAUCUCCUUCGAGCGUCUCUGAGACGUCUGCUCCCAGCACCGGCUCAACCAAGUACAACAAGGCCCCCUCCCAGCCUGCCUCAACUGUCAGCCAGACGACUGUUGACUCGCAAGCUACCUCAGUUGCCCCCGAACGCAAGCUCCCAUCCAGACCUCCACCUGUUUCUGUGAACCAGCACUACUCUCCCCAAUCAAGGCCUGACUCGUCACCGCGCACUCCUACUCCACAGAACCCGGCUUUCCCUCCGUAUGUUCAAAGACCAAAAUCCACUCCUGGUGUCGAUGCCUUCCCCGUUGGCUACUCUCCUCGUUCCGCUCAUCCGGACUCGGUAGCAAUGCCUCCCCCACCGCCACCUCCACCAAUGGUCUUUGCUCAAGAUACUCCUCGUGUCGACUAUCUGCUGCAGAAUGGCGGCUUGCCGUACCUAAUCUCAAAGUCCAUCGUUCCGCCCGCCAAUGACCAACCUGUUCAAUCUUAUGCUCAGUACCAGUCUCCCCGCAUACCUUCUGCAGUUGAUGUUCAAUACAUCUUUGCUCCUGUGAGUGGUCGCCUUGAAGAUAUUGGAAAAGUUCUGUCAAAAAGCGGGUCACUGGCUGUAGCUACCGGAUAUCGCUCAGUCGCUAGGAGACUACUCGACCGUCUCGAGGCUGUCUUUGCACGCAGCAUCUCUCACGAGCGUUGCAAGUGUGUGUUAUGCCUGAAGACUGCUCAGACGGCGCUUUCUGACGAAGAGGAUACGGGAAUAAGCUGGGGUGAAAUCCUGGAAUAUGUUGCUGGCCGUAGAGAGCUUCCACAGUGGCCGCCGUUUUCUCUGUCAUCCGACGCACCAGGCUAUAACCUCUCUGGAGUCGAACCCAUGCAGAAACUCGACCCUGACGUGCCGGACGAAUAUCGUGCUCACUAUAUUAAACAGAAUGCAAAAACCAAGCGAUCUGUUCAGGAUUGGCUAGUACGGCAGCCAGACUUUCCAUCCAGCCCUCCACAGGAAGUUGAUGACGAGACAUUGACCUUUGCUAUACUAACACACAUCGACCCUGCACGAAGGCCGCUGUUCACAGCUUUGAUGAAAGGUCUCUCAACUGUGCCUUCUUCUAGAGCACCGACACCUGUUACCGAGCCCAAGAACGAAGUCUUGGCCAAGACUGCUGCUGCUCUACAACGUCUGUAUCGUCUACCACACUUGCCGAGAGACCCAGAGUGCACCAUCUAUUUGCUCAACAAUCUACACUUACACAGUAUGCUCGCCACGCUUGCUGCAGUGAGUGCUGGAGAAUGGGAUAUCCUGGUAUCCGGUCGGUUCGAUGGCUUCCUGUGGAGCGGAGCGGAAACAGUGCCACCUUCUGCACUUUACGGGUCGACCAUGACACCUAUGUCUAGAACGACAACGCCAUUUAGUGGAGGUGUGCCAUCUCGCAACACGACCCCAUUUUCACCCCUCCGCAACGUCAUGUCACCAGACCACACACCAAACAUGUUUCCCUCUCGCGGCACAACACCAGCCCCAGGUAUGCCCGGCGGGGCCCCAGCUCCCGUCCAAAUGGACGAAGAAACCGAGAUUGCCGUCCUGGCUCAGAUGGAACGCGAGAUCUAUCGCGGCAUGGAAGCCCUUGACGAUCAAUUCGAAGUGUUGCACAGGCAGGCUGAAGCUGUUAGACAAAGGCUUCGCGAACGUAGUGCUGGAUUAGCGAUGGCUGCCAAAGCACGCAGGGGCUCUAUGGCAUCUGACAUUGGUGUGAGGAUUGGUACGCCUGGUGGACCGUGGGACGACGAGCAACAAUCGAUCUUCGACGAUGGAAGAUCAGAGCUCGCACCCGAUGACUCUGCCAGCAACAUCGACUUCGGAAGGAAGAGAAGAUCAAAGCGACACGAUCGCAGGACACCGGCUGUGCCAGAGGAAAACGAGGAUGUCGAACGUGAUUCUGGUAGAAGGCGGAGAUGA